ACUUGUGCUUUACUCAACAGAGUUCCCCACCGUGAGGCAUCUGGACUAGAGCACACCGUGGCUUCUUUAGGAAUACUCAUAAUUACUCCAACGUCUGUAUACAGGUGGUGUUUUCUACAGCAGCAGCAUGCAGCCAGGAGUUUCAAACAAAAGCCAGCUGUCAGAGUCUCUGAAGGAUUAUCUAAACAACAAGAACAGACUACAACCCAUUAUUGGCUUGGGCAGCAUAAUAGAAUGUGUGAAAGUGGGUCCACAGAACAGAGAGUCAAUUUACUUGUGCGAGGUGUGCGUCUGUCAGCUAAAUAAAGCCGACAUGCGGAACCACAUAUUGGGAAGUCUCCACAGAUUCAACUACAUUAAAACCUGGCAUCCGCACUUACUGUCUGAAUGGCAGGAGAACUCUGAUCUGUCUAAGCUGGCCUGGCCCCUGAUGGAGAAGGCCAAGGUGCUUGAGAGACAGGAGGGAACAGGACGUAUCCAGUUAUUAAAGGUAGAAGAUGCUGUAUACGAGAGGAUGGCAACACACAGAGAAACAGACGUUAUAGCUUUGAUAAACUCCUUAAAGAAUGGACAGAGUGAGCCUGAGACUGCAUCGUUACACUAUCCCGUCCAAUCACAGAGGACGGUACUGCUUGCACAGAACCGACAGGGAAUGUCCAACAAAUCCCUCAAGGCUGACAAGAAAUCAAACAAGACCGCACAGUCAGAACAAAAGUCUCUGCCCGUGAUGCAAGCAAAACCCCCUGUCACACCAGAAGUCUGGGUAAAAAACGUCUCAACAUCCCAGAUGUACGAUACUCAGACAUUACCCGAAUCCACAGCCAUAUCGGAGAAAAACAGGAGCUGUCUUGAUGACUACACGGGAACCAAGCCUCUUAUAGGCCUUUCCUGUGUGGUUGAGUACAGAACUGAGGAUGGCUGCUCAUACUGUUUCUUAUGCCACUGUUGCCGCAUCAAAUCAGACCAAAAGGACGUCACUGAUCACCUGACCAGCUCUUCCCAUCUCCUUAACUACUUGAUGGAAGCUUAUCCAGAGCAAGUGGUGGGAAUGACUGCAGAAAUCAGAGAUGACCGUCAGCUUCUCUGUUCACUGGCCAAGAAAGUGGAGCAAAAUGAAGGCAGAGGAGAGCUGAAGGUAGUAAAUGCACCAGAAUCCUUCUGUAUGCAACUCACAGGCAAAAGUUACCACUGGUGUAAGUACAGACGAUUAUAUUUUUGUUUGGCUGUCAGUCGUUCACCUCUUUUCCUCCGACUCUGCUCUUGACGUGUUGACCUGUGUGUAAGUAUAACGUUUUACUCUUUGUCACUUCACAUUAUUCGUCUAUGGCUCCAUGUCUUGAAAGUGGUGUAAUACUUGUGCUGUGCAUCAAAGUCAAACUCCACAAGGUCUCAACUUAAAAAAAAACCACACUCCUCUAAAAUGAGAUGCAGGAUCUACCAUAUUUUCAGUGUAGUACAAAAGUGACUUUUGAUGUCAGGUUUGUUGAGGCUGUGCUGGUCAAUACAGGUAUUUAUGCUUUAAGACUUGCUGUGCCACAUGUUUAGUAAGUAAAAGUGUGGGUAUGUGAAAGCUAAUGGCGUAUUUUGUCAAGUUUAGUGAAAAGAUUAGGAAACAGUAAUUUGAGACGUCUCAUUACUUCAUUUAACCCCUUGAUGUCUGUUGUUGUGAAUUCACAACAUACCACUUUCAUUGAGACUGCAGCCGACAUAGCAUAUCCAUUCCUCCAAUGCCGGUUUGUGCAUGUUCAAUACGUACCUCGGAACCUUUUGCAAGCUCUGGUUUCUGGUAGGACCAGUCAGAGUGUGAUCUAAUUAUUAUAUAUCUGUUAUUAUUAUUAUGUAUCUGUUCUGUGUGUAGAGUUAAAUUAACAAUCUCUACUUAUUUUAGCAUCAGCUAGAAAGCAAAAACAUGCAAAAAAAAGGUUUUUAUUUAUUUGUAAAUAAAUUCAGGCGUCAAGGAUUUAAGGCAGGUCCGUUGCUGAUUUCUGCAAAGGUUGUGUUUACUUCUUUUUACUCUCAUAGUCAACAACAAAAUAUAAAUUUGGUAAACUUUCCAUACAGUUGUAUGUUGUUGACUUCAAAAUCUUUUUGUUCGUUUUCUUUUCUCUUUAUUCACAGUGUCUCUCUAAAUUUAGCUGUGAUCAAACCCUUCAGUGUUUCAGUAAUGCUGCUCCGAGCACUACUUUAUGUGUCACAUACAUUUAAAAAAAAAAAUCCGGUUCGCUUUUGAAUGUUUCUCCGUAUACCCCUUGCACUGGUUUUGCUUUUUUCCAGGUAUAAAGAUGCUGAGUAGUGGAUGGACACAUACUAACAUCCAGAAAAAGAGAACAGGUGUCAAAGGGUCGACUGUGAAUAAAACCUCAGCUCGGGAUAUGCCUGAGAAAUACCACCCAGUGCUGCCAAAACGAGCAAAAAGACAGAAACCAAAGACGAAAAACAGGAAGAUGCCCAAUACUGUGUUCAGCGUAAGCCUGCCUCUUACCAAAGGUUCAAUUCUGCUGGAGAGGACGUCUUUCAGCACGGACAGCCUCCCUGUGUGUUUUGCAUCACCUCCAUCCGAUGACGACAUCCGUCUCUCUCCAAAGUCUCAGAUAAUGGGCUCUGAAUUUUAUGACUGUGAUAGUGGAUCAUUUGAGGUUGACCAUGGUGAAUGUCCCACAACGUGCAAAACCUCCCAACUACAGCAAGAUCACUAUGGUGGAAAUGCAAAUCCUGCUCAAUACAUACCAGAAAAACCUUUAACCGUCACUCUGCUACAAGAAGCAGAAGAAUACGCCAAUGAUGGUGUGUACGUCCUCCAGUCAGAGGAUGUAACCGGGACAAAAGACGAUGAGAUGUAUGGGGAAGGGGCUUACAACAGACAGCAUGGUUUUGGGGAAAGUUCAAGUCAGAAGUUCUUUCAGACAUCAAGAAAUGAGAAACACCAGACGCACAAUGAAGGACCGCUGCCUGCUGUGUCCCACACUAUGACCUGGCCACCGUAUCACUCCUCCUACAGGCAAGAGGAGGGUGGUGCUGAGCAGUGGCACAAUUCAGCUUCACAAAGUCAAGCUGGCACAAGAGUGGAAGAGUUUGGAGAGGAGAACCACAAGGACAUGAGCUUGGAUGCUCUUCAACGUUAUUACCAACAACACCAGUACAUGACAGCAGACACAGGUCUUCAGUACAACAUGGCUCCUGUGACGGGCAGUGUGGGGCCUCAGUAUCUGUCUGGUGAGCCGGUUGCUUAUUCAAAUGCCGCCCAGACAAACUUACAAACUCCCUUGUUGGAUCGUCUCGCAUACAGUGGCAGCGUUCCAUCACAGCCUGGAGUACAGUUUCCUGAGAGUAAGCCGAGAUCAUCCCAAACAUACACGGAGGUCACCGCCGUGCAUUUCCAGACAGCUGCACAAAGCUAUGGGUCACAGUCUACAGCCUAUCAGGCCUAUCAAGCCGGACAAGUAGACCAGGGGUUGACGUCUAACCACAGCACUGGAACCUGGACAAACCCUGACCCGUACUAUGCUUAUCCAGCCAGCAUCUGUGGAGGUGCUGGGGUCCAGUGCUAUCAUCCAACCUGGCCAAGCUCGGUGCUACGGGGCCCGCUCAGGUCUUAAUAUCAGAGCCACUGCUUUGUGUAGAUGGAAAAUCUCAAUUUGCUCGUCUCAGUGUCAAUAUUUACCAUAUUUCAUUGAGACUUGAUUUCUACACAAAUAACUGACAUCCUUGUUUAAUCACACUUGUGUUGUCCACUAUGGGAUGGGGUGGAGGGGCAUUUUUGAUGUUCAUUUGCAGUAACAGUAUUUAGUUUCUGUCAUAAAGGGAGUCUCCUCAUGGUGGGAUAUUUUUUUCAUCAUCUGACAUCAGUGUUCAGCUUUGUUCUGUUUGACUUUACAUUUUGUAACAUAACACCUUUUAUAUGCAGCAGACAGCGAUUUAGCGUUUUCAGUCAGAUGACGUCUUUAGAUUAGAUUUUGGUCUAAUAAACUGAAAUGAGCACAGACAGUAAAGCAUCUCCUUGGAUGUGCUUGAAAGUAUUAGUGGGAAUAGAAGGGAAUGUUCAGCUGCUGCAUCAUACGAGUACGUAAAAACAAAUCUUUUUUGAUUUUGAAUUAAAAAAUCUCUGUCUCCCUCUGAUUUCCAUAUAUUACAGUUAUAUUAGUGACUCAAGCCAAGCGGGACAGAAAUGGAUAAUUUGAGAAUUUAAAGUCAAAAACGGAAUUUAUUCAUGGUUCUAUGUUCUGCAAGUAAGUGAGAAGAAUGAUCAUUAAUAUUUACCAUCAGACUUUGCAUUGUACAGCAGCUGGCUGUUUUUUUUUUCUGCGUUUUUCUAAAAAUUGUUGUAGUUUGGAAAGCAACAAUAAGGUCAUGCUGGACUACAAACAUUUUUUUCUUUUGCACUGUUAUGCCACUGUGACUGCAUUUAUUUUGUAUAGGCUGUGCCUGAAGAACUCCAAAGAAUUUACUGUUGUUACAUUUGUAAUAUGACAGGCACGGUUUUGUUCUACUUUUUUAAACAUGUUUGAAUGUUCUAUUUUGCUAAUCAUUGUGGAAUAAAGCACUGCUGAGGUUACGGUU